AUGGCGUGGCUCUCCCGUCCUCUGACCCUUGUAGGGCUGGUCAUUCUUGCUCACGGAUGCUACUCCGCGUAUGAGCACACUCUCCUCGCCUCAACCUCAGUCCAGCAUUCCGCAUCAGCAUCCGCAGCCGCUCUUCCCCUGGACAUCUACAUCGAAACCAUUGCGGCAACAUUCAUGAUCUGCUUGGGGCUUGUGCUGGGAUCGGGAGCGCCCGAGCCAAUCCAGUGGCACACAUGGGCUGGCAAGAUUGAGCGCGAGGCCGACAGCAAAAGCUCUCAGACGGGGGAUGCGGACAAGGAAGCGCUGGGGAAUCCCUUCAACGCCCUGGAAGCUCGGAGCGGCUUCAUCAACAUUCACCAGCUGCGUAGCGACUUUGUCAAGUAUACUCAGCAGCUCAACAAAUAG